AUGGAGGCGGAGGCGGAGGAGGACCACCAGCCCGGCUCUCCCCGCGACGACGAGGGCGAUGCGGGCACCGGGCUCCUCGCGCGCCUCCCGGAGUGCCUGCAGGACCGGGCCGACGCGCUGCAGACGGGCUUGUACGCCGCGUGCGUGGUGGCCUUCGCGUGGGUGCUGGAGUCGAGGCGGUGCCGCGUCGCGGCCAUGCUGGCCGCGCUGGCCGUCCUGCUGCUGAUGCAGCACAGCAACGUGUGGCCGCUCUCCUCCUGGCACGGACCGAGACAACGACGAGGAUCUCUCCGGCGAGGCCCAGGAGGGGGAGGACGGCCACGGCGCGCCCCCGGAGGAGGGGGAGGCCGAGCAGGCCGAGGACCGCUCCGUGGCAUGCGCCGGCGGGG